CUUCCAUUUUCUGCAUCUCUAUAUCCUCUGCAUAUUAUUAAUUUGCAAGGAAGAACUAAAAUCUUUUGUCUACUCUCUAUUUUCAUCUUCCAACUUUUUCCUUUCCAGGUGAAGGAAUGGACUUCCAAAGUGAUCUAACAAGAGAGAUCUCACCACAAAGGAAACUAGGAAGGGGAAAGAUUGAGAUCAAACGGAUCGAAAACACGACGAAUCGACAAGUUACUUUCUGCAAGAGGAGAAGUGGUUUGCUGAAAAAGGCAUAUGAAUUGUCUGUGCUCUGUGAUGCUGAGGUUGCUUUGAUUGUCUUCUCAAGCAGAGGCAAACUCUAUGAGUAUGCCAACAACAGUGUGAAAGAAACAAUCGAGAGGUACAAGAAAGCAUGCUCAGAUUCCUCAAACACUGGUUCAGUAUCCGAGGCCAAUGCUCAGUAUUACCAGCAAGAAGCCUCCAAACUGCGCGCACAAAUUGGAAAUCUGCAGAACCAGAACAGGCACAUGCUGGGUCAAUCUCUUGCUGCACUGAACCUCAAAGAACUGAAGAAUCUGGAAACAAGAAUUGAAAAAGGGAUUAGCAAAAUCCGAUCCAAAAAGAAUGAGCUGUUGUUUGCUGAAAUUGAGUAUAUGCAGAAGAGGCAGGAAGUUGAUUUACACAACAACAAUCAGUACCUGAGAGCAAAGAUUGCUGAAACUGAGAGAGUUCAGCAUCAGCAUCAGCAUCAGCAAAUGAACUUGAUGCCAGGGAGUUCAUCAAGCUAUCAUGAGCUUGUGCCUCCACCUCAGCAAUUCGAUACUCGAGACUAUCUACAAGUUAAUGGCUUGCAAACCAACAACCAUUACACUAGACAAGACCAACCCCCUCUUCAACUAGUCUAAUAUGCUUGAGAGAGGGUCUUCUUUCUGAUGUGAUCUUCAUAUAAUCCACAAGAGAAGACUACUGUUAAGCUUGAAGAUUAUUGUUACUGAAGAUCAACUUAAGUAUGUAUACCAUAUUAUUAAUUACUUGUUGCAUGAGCUAAGACUCUUGAAUAUUGUAUGUUAAUUAAGUGGACAUGUAUUUUUUUGCUUGGUGUACUUCCUUCUCUGGCAGUGAACUAUGAAGAAUUAAACUUGUUAUAUUAAGUUCAUAACUGCUUUUCUGCUCAA